UUUUUUACUUCGCUUGCGUCAAUGAGCGAGACCAGUUUGGCGCAGAGACCAAAAGGUUCAAGGUUUUGCUGACCGGUUAUUCUCACGAUUGUGUCUUCACUUGGCUGGCAACAGUCUGAGAUGCAGGUUCUUUUCUUUGCUGUUUUCCUCCUUGCAGCAGGAAUAGUAAAUUCGCAGAAGCCUUACAAACUUCAAGAUGUAGCGCUGUCACUUUUGGAGCGGCCCACAGAGCCGGUUUUCAUGCCAAAAGGUGAAAAGGGUCUAAUCCUUGAUGUGCCCCCGGAAUACUUGGCAACAAAAUAUAGGGAGCAGGCAACUGCACUGAAGAACCGCUUUAGUGACGGCGACACUACCCAAGUACCCAUCAAGGGCAUUACUGUACCUGAUAUAUCAGCCCUUCUGACACUGCCCCGCCGCGCUCAAUUUAGCACCUUUGUGCCCAUGCACCGCCAACUGGCGUCCAGGCUUAUUGGCAUCCUGAUUGGCAUGAGGACCACUGAAGAUUUUGUCUCAGCUUCUGCGUAUAUCAGAGAUCGCAUAAAUCCGGGCCUCUUUGUCUACGGCUUCUCAGUGGCCGUGCUGCACCGACCUGACACAAAGGACGUUCACCUGCCUCCCCUCUCUGAAACUUUUCCUGAUAGGUUUGUCGAUGGUGCCUUAUUUGUUCGAGCUAGAGAAGAAGCAAACAUCUUGGACGAGACAGCCAGGACUCCUCUGGAGAUCCCCGUAGACUACACUGCCACCAACCUAGAGCUGGAGCACCGUUUAGCCUAUUUCCGUGAAGACUUGGGCAUCAACCUGCACCAUUGGCACUGGCAUCUGAUCUACCCCUUCUCCGGCCCCCGCGAGGUGGUGAACAAGGACCGUCGUGGCGAGCUCUUCUACUACAUGCACCAGCAGAUCAUUGCUCGCUACGACUUUGAGCGCAUGUGUAACCGUCUGCCACGCGUCAAGCGUCUGCAGAACUUCAACGACCCCAUCGACGAGGCCUACUUCCCUAAACUGAACAGCCAGGUGGCCAGUCGUAAUUGGGCCGGACGUCCCAGUGGCGCCAUCCUGAGAGACGUCAACCGCGAGGCUGACCAGCUCAAGUUUGACAUUGCCGAGCUGCAGCGCUGGAGGGACCGAGUCUUUGAAUCCAUCCACAGGGGCAGCGUUGAUAUGCCGAACGGAACUCGUUUGGCUUUGACAGAACGUGAUGGCAUCGACUUCCUUGGAAACAUGAUCGAGCCUUCCGACCUGAGCCCAAAUCAGCAACUUUAUGGCAAUCUUCACAACCUUUUGCACGUUGCUGUGUCAUUAGUGCAUGACCCUGACCAGCGCCACCUGGAGACCUUUGGAGUGAUUGGAGAUUCAGCCACGGCGAUGCGUGAUCCCGUAUUUUAUCGCAUCCACUCGAUGGUCAACGACAUAUUUACUGAGCACAAAAACACUCUGCCGCGCUAUACCACCCAGCAACUGGACUUCCCUGGCGUCAGAAUCACUGGAAUUUCCGUGCAAACGCCCAGUUCAGCGCAAAAUGUGCUAGAAACCUUCUGGCAAAAGAACACGGUCGACCUGAGCCGCGGCAUGGAUUUCAACCCUCGCGGAGCUGUUCUUGCCAGAUUCACGCAUCUCAAUCACAGGGGCUUCCAAGUCAAUAUUAAUGUUGAGAACCAGGGACAGGCUCGGCAGGCUCUAGUGCGCCUCUUCCUUGCUCCUAAGUUUGAUGAGCGAGGGCAAGAAUGGUCAUUUGUUGAUCAUAAAAAUGUUUUCAUUGAAUUGGACAAAUUCACUGUUAACUUGCAACCAAACAGAAACAACAUUGUACGAGAGUCUCGAAUGUCGUCUGUCACAAUUCCAUUUGAGCGCACUUUCCGCGACCUUGAGCAGAAUAGACCACCUACGAACGCAAGUGGCGGCGUUCUCGACGAUUUCAACUUCUGCGGUUGCGGCUGGCCGCAGCACAUGCUCAUUCCCAAAGGCAGCCCUGAAGGUUUCCCAAGCGUGAUCUUUGCAAUGAUUUCGGACGCGCAGACCGACUGGGACUUGCGCGCGGCCAAUCGCAGACCUGGACCCUGCGCCGAGGCGGCCUCCUAUUGUGGAAUCCGAGACCAAGCGUAUCCUGAUCGUCGCGCCAUGGGCUACCCCUUCGACCGUCUGCCGCGCACUGGAGUCGUCACUACUGCACAAUUCUUGACCCCCAACAUGGCCCUUGGCGACGUCUUCAUCAGACACUCGGACACCGUGAUUGAUCCGUUCACGCAGCAAAGACCGACGUCCAGACCACCCCCUCGCCCUCAGAGCCAGCAGAACAGACCUGCAAGGCCACCUCCCAGGCCCAACCAAGGCUAAGUAAACAGAAGAUCAAAUAUAAAUUUGCGGAGAAAAAAAAAUAAAGAACUUCUCUCUCUACUUUUUUUCAAAAAGGCAUUUUCUUUGUCUACGAUAUUCUUUGUUUCAGAUAAAAAAAAAAUUGGCA